ACGAAGGAUCCGACAAAUUAAACAGUAACAAUUUUUUUUUUUUGGUUGCCAAAUUAAAGAGCUAAAGCCAAAUCCUCUUCUAUAUAAUUAACCAGCGAAAGGAAACCGAGAGUAUCUCCCGGCUAUACAGACCGAAAAGGCCCAAACUAGGUACACUAUUCACCUCUACAUGAAGAAACAGAAUCUGUUUUGGAUCCAAUUCUUAUUUCCCUCUUCUUUGUGGUCCUUUCAAUAAGCUUCAGAGUGCAGAAAAACUUCACUUUCUGGUUGCAUUACUGGGUACGUAUAUUUUCCAUCUCACAUGGCGGGUGGGCAGAGAUCCCAGAGGUUCAACAAGUCGUGCAUACUCCUCAUAGUUAUUGCUGGGAUCGAGAGGUUUGCGUUCAAGGGGGUGGCAUCAAAUUUAGUGACAUAUCUGACAGAUGUGGUGAAGAUGAGCAACUCAUCAGCAGCGAAGAUGGUGAACAGUUGGUGUGGAUUCACCUCCAUAAUGCCACUUCUUGUAGCUCCCAUUUCUGACGCUUACUGCCACAAAUACUCCACCAUCAUGCUCUCCUCUUUCCUUUAUGUUACCGGACUUGCAGCAUUGACAAUAACAGCAUUAGGAAGGACAAGGGCUAACCGACACAGGACAAUAAUGCCAUCUUCGUUUCUCACUUUGUCUCUCUACUUAAUUUCAUUGGGACAAGGUGGAUAUAACCCCUCUCUGCAAGCAUUCGGAGCAGACCAGCUGGAUGAGGAGGAAGAGCUACCAUGUAGCAAGGACGAUGAAAAUUCCAACAAGAAGACACUGUUCUUCCAAUGGUGGUACUUUGGCGUAUGUGGCGGAAGCCUAUUGGGCGUCACCAUCAUGUCCUACAUCCAAGACACGUUUGGCUGGGUUCUAGGUUUCGCCAUCCCUGCCAUCUCAAUGGGUCUCUCUAUUCUGAUUUUUUCAGGUGGAAGCCCUAUCUAUUUGUUCAAACAAGACAAACAUUCCAAAGCUAGGAAACCCUUCAUCAACGUGGUUCAUACUGUCAAAGCUUCUGUUCUCAAAUGCUUCCGUUGUGGAACCACCCUACCUAUUGACAAGUCUGAAGUGUCUGAGCUCGAGAUGCAGGAGAAGUCUCUGUGUCAAGAAAACAUGGACAACCUCAUAAACAUGAACGACAACAUUCCCAAAAGGAGGAUGGUUUCAAAUGUGAAGGUUGUGCUUCGGCUUUUGCCUAUAUGGACUAUGCUUCUGAUGUUCGCAGUUAUAUUCCAACAGCCUGCCACGUUCUUCACAAAACAAGGAAUGACGAUGAAAAGAAAUAUCGGAGGAAAGUUCAAGAUCCCACCAGCCACACUUCAAAGUGCCAUCACGCUCUCCAUAAUCCUACUAAUGCCAUUAUACAACAAAGUCUUCAUCCCACUGGCCCAGAUCAUCACUCGCCAGGACAAAGGCAUAAGCGUAAUGCAAAGGAUGGGAAUAGGAAUGGUGCUUUCGAUCAUAGCCAUGAUUAUUGCAGCUCUGGUCGAAAGGAAGAGGCUUGAAAUUGGGAAAGAAAUGAGAACUGAAACGGUGCCGUUGAGCAUAUUCUGGCUGCUUCCACAGUACAUUCUUCUGGGGAUUUCAGACAUUUUCACUGUGGUGGGAAUGCAGGAGUUCUUUUAUAGUGAAGUUCCAAUGGCCAUGAGAACGAUGGGGAUUGCACUGUACACAAGUGUUUUUGGGGUUGGAAGCUUCGUCAGUGCACUGUUGAUCACGCUUGUGGAAGUAUUUGCGAAGUCAAGAGGAAAACCUAGUUGGUUCUCUGAUGAUAUGAAUGAGGCACGCUUGGACAAUUAUUAUUGGCUUCUUGCCUUGCUGAGUGGGGCCAGCUUGAUAGUUUACGUGCUGUUGUGUAUAUCUUACCAACACAACAAGAGUGAGUCACAGAAUGAACAGUGAGUCUGAUCUCUUCUCUGAUGUUUUAUUUUUGGCUCCUCAUAAUUUGGCAACCUACGUAGUUGACUUGAUUUCUAAUGAUAGUGAUGUACAUAUAUAUAUGUGUGUGUGUAUGCUUUCUGUCUACUUCUGUCCCUAACUCCUAAUUUUCUAUUUUCUCUGCUAUUAUGGAAUGUGGAAUAAGUUCCAAAAACAAAAUCCAAGCGGAAAAAUCCAGAAACAUGGAGAGACUUUUUAGAGCUAUUUUUCUCCCUCCCUUCAUAAGUGGGUUUUUACAUCUCACCUCUUGUGUAAUUAUUCUCAAUAAUUUAUUACUAUUGAUCCUAUAAUUU